AUGGUCCUUAAUAUAUUGUGGCUGCAAUUAUCACUCAACCAGUCCUUCUCGCCUUCUGCCAGUGUUUGGCCACCUGUACCUAUAACCCUCCUUAUUUCACCUUAUUCGCCACUGCAGAAACUCACUCAGAUCUCCCUGAGGACUUGCCUGUUUGUUUUCUAUAAAAGGGUUGAUACUUUCUGAAGCGUUGCAUGAUUUUCAGCCCCGCGAUUCAAGACACCUUCCCAAUAGGCAAGGUAUGUGUUCUUCCCCCAGCCAUCACAGGCUCCUACCUCUAUAUAUAAGUAUAAACUCAUCAGACUAAAGGAAUAAACUUUGAUGCCCUCCUUGUCCGUAUCGUUGUACCUGUGUUUAUGCCGCAUCUUAUUAAUCUUGAUGCCCCCAAACUGACAACCCCACAAACUACUCGCUUGUCC